AUGUUCACUGGUAUCGUUGAGCACAUUGGCACGGUCUUGGGAUAUCAAGCCUUUGACGACACCGCCAGCGGUGGAAAUGGUGUGUCAAUUACUAUUGGUAAUGCCAAACCGAUUCUACUCGACUGUCAUAUUGGCGAUUCUAUUGCUGUUAAUGGCGUGUGUCUUACUGUGACCGAAUUUAACGAAGAUACGUUCAAAGUGGGUAUUUCCCCUGAGACCAUUAAAAGAACAAACGUUGCAUCGUGGCAACAAGGUGCGAAGGUUAACUUGGAACGUGCUGUUUCUCAAGACGUGAGAUUUGGUGGCCACUACGUGCAAGGCCAUGUUGAUACUGUUGCUACGAUUGAGUCUCGAAAGUCGGAAGGCAACUCUAUCAUAUUCGGAUUUAAAUUGAGGGAUCCACAACUCGAAAAAUACAUCGUAGAAAAGGGAUUUAUAUGUAUUGAUGGUACAUCCUUAACGGUUACUGAUGUUUUGAGUGAUGGAACUUUUUUUAUCAGUAUGAUCAAGCACACCCAAGAGAACGUAAUCAUGCCAUUCAAGAAAACAAAUGAAGAGGUUAAUAUUGAGGUUGAUCUCACGGGAAAGGUCAUCGAAAAGCAAAUUCAAGUAACGUUAGAUAAUCAAAUCAAGAACGAAGACAGCCCACUGAAUAAACUGGUAGGCAAGAUCAUCGAAGAAAAGCUUGAAAAAUACUUAAAUGGGAGAACUUGA